GAGAUUGGAAAUCGAAUCCGGAACCAACCUCAUUAGAAUCGUCUGCCAGAGCGCUCUGGAAUCCGUCGUAUGUCUCGUCUACCGGAUACACAUAUCCUCCUCUUCUUCUUCUUAUUCCGAAGUCUCCGCACAUGUCGGAAAAACUCCGGUCUGGAGGAGAGCGGUGAAGCUACCGGCGCCCUAUCGCCACUGUUCCUGUAUGUGAUUUGACUUCCGAUCGACUGGAAUCGAGCGCGGCGAGAACAAGCGUUCAAAUCCCAAUCGACAACAACGACGACGACGACAGAAUUGAGCACCUCGGUCGAUCAGCAAACAAACCAUAUCGGUUCUUCCAACGUCGUUGGGAUCGUCAUCAGUCAAAUUUGGACCCACGACGGCCGAGACCAUAAUCAGCAUGUCGGGCUGGGCUCGACGUGUUCAUCGGGGGGCGAGUACCCUCAGCAGUGUUGUGACAUCGUGUGGAUACAAUGGCCCAUACGCGAUACGUAUGGAAAAGGUGAAGUUCGGCGUGCCCUUCUCGGACACAUGCAGAGCAAACGGCGACAUUCCUGGUCCCCUCCUUGUGCUAAUCUUGUGUAUUAAUAAAAUUGGACCUCAUAAACGCGACGUGUUCCGAGCACCCGGACAUCAAGGGAACGUGAAGAAACUCACCGAAUUCCUAGAACAGGGUCGACUUGUAAACUUGGACAAAUUCUCCGUGCAUACAUUAGCUUCGGUGCUGAAAAAGUUUUUGCGGAAGAUCCCCGGCGGCAUUUUCGGUUCGGAGGUCGAGGGACGCUUACUGGGAAUUAUUCAUGACGAGUCAAUUCCGCUCGACGAAAAGAGAGACCGCAUCGCUUCUAUUAUAGCUGGCCUACCUCCGCUGACGCAGCGACUGUUGGUGCUAAUUUGCGGGACGUUACGCACGAUCGCAGCUUCUAGCGAGACGAACAGGAUGAACGCUGAAGCACUGGGAGUGAGUGUGGCUCCCUCGUUCUUCAGGACCUGCGACGGUAUCAACAAAACUGCUCGGAUGACCGAUAUCGUGAAGUUCAAGAACGCUACUCGCGCCAUGCAGUUCCUAGUUGAGCAAUUUGGAGCGAGCAACGUAUAUGGAAGAGAAAACUACGAAUACUACGCGAGGAUGACCGGACGAGCUCUCCGCGUGGACGAUGGCUGGAUCUUCGCCGAUCGGUACCCUUUCGCGUCGCACAAAGAUACCGCGAUACUACUUGGUCGGGCGCCGCCGUCCCUGGAGAUCUCCGAAGCAGAGGAGUCUAUUCCUUGGCUUGGGGUUGGCGUAGGCGGUCCCUUGGGAAUGUCGUCCUGUGCGUCUACGCCCAUCCUGAAUUUGUCGGGGGUGUCCCAAGCCGAGGGCGAGGCGUGCUACGGUCGGCUUUCUAUAUCGCUUGAGGAUAACACUCUACUCCCCACCGUGCUGAAAUCGCUUGGCGCCCCCGAAAACGGAAAACACGUGCAACAGAACAACCAGUUGGAACUCAGCGAAUGCAUGCAGAAAGCUCCUCAGGACUCUGGUAGACAAUAUGACCAGCACAGAUUGUUCAACAACUGCAUGCAAGUCGUUACCACCAAGGGGUCGCCGGCGAAGAAGCCGAACUUGAUGGUUCAUUCCUACACGGUGACAGGCGGCCUCGGAACCGAUCUGAGGCGGCGAGAUAUUGGAGAUCUCCAGGAAACGACCAGCCUCAUGAAUAACAUCGAAGACUUUCUCCCGCUUGAUUCACAAACUCCCAACCCGAGUAACAAGGACGCCGUCCAUAAAUCCAUGUCGUUCCUUCCUUUGGUUCAUGAACGCCAAACUGAACGAAUGCGCACCCGCUCCGAGUGGUUCCUGAACCCUGUGGUGCCCGCGCAGCUUGAAGUCCCAAUGAAGUUAAGCUGUGCGCCGACCGCGGGUUCAACAGGCGCGCCCGUCACGAUGUUAGGCAUUGUCGGAGGCAAGAACCCGCUGCAGCCACUGAAUCAAGUUGGCAAAAUGCAGAAUUGUGCGUCAUCCCACUCGAACUCGGCGUCCGCUCUCGAUGACGUGAAGAGCUCCCUCUUGCAAGUUGAUCGGUCUUCGUCGACUAAUUCUACCUCCAGCAACUCGUCAAGCGGAAUUCAGAGAAAAACAUCCCUCAAGCGAUCCAAUUCGAGGAAGAACAAAGAAAAUUCGUCCUAUGGAGCAGCCAAACGCACUUCUUCGGGCAGCACGAUCUCAGUGGCCGUAGAACCGAAUGGGGGCAGUUGCCUGAUACAGACUGCGGAUUCGUCUAACGACCAAGCCUCACAGACCGCUCCUGGUCACGCUCCCUUCAAGCCUCGCGUAUAG